CGCGCGCGCCUACGCCGACGUGCUCAAGGCGUUCGCGCUGCAUGCGGCCGCCGACGACGCCGGGGCCGAGCACAACGACGCGCACGCCGCUCUCAGCCAGGCAGUGCACCACUACGUGUCGCACUGGCACGAGCAGAUCGAGGUGCCGCAGGCGGGCGGCGAGGGAGACGAGGAGCACGAUCACCCCGGCGCCGUGACGACCGUGUACAACGCGGACCUGAUCGACGAGAUGGCAGCGGCGCCGACGCGAGGCGACCUGGACAAGCUGCGCGACCUGUACGUGGCGGCGCUGGUGCACUCGGGGCGCACGGUGGGCUCGGCGCGCGCGGCCGAGCACGAGGUGGCCCAACUGGCGGCCGAUGAGCUGCGCAUCACGCGCGGCGCGCGGCGGCCGGCGCGCGCCCUGCGCCACUUCCUGCUCGCGGCCAGCUACAAGGACCAGCUCACCGCCGCCGUCGGCCUGCUCGUGUGGUCCGCCUACAUGUUCGGCACCGCCGCGCUCAACUGGCCGCUGCUACACAACGGUAGCAAGGGCGGCGGCCAGUGCGACGACGUGCCCACCGUCUACUUCGUCCUAGCACCCAAGAAGCCCUUUGCCGAUGCUGGUUUCGCCACCUUUCUCAAGGUCUGGACCGUCGGCGUCGUGCUUGUCGCCGUCGUCACCACCGCCGUGGCCCUGUUCAUCCUCGCCGUCGCUCUGGUCGGCCCGCGCGGGGUCGGUCUUAUCACGCGGCGGCGCGGGGUCAGGGGUGACAAGUCCCUCGAAGCGGGCGGCGGCGGCGGCGGCGCACAAGAAAACAUACACAGCUCGGCGGGCUAUCGCUCGCACCAGGCGCGCGGGCGGCACGCGCAGGAGGUGCUGGCGUGCCUGCACCAGGCCGAGGGCCGCAGCGCGCACCACCGGUACCGCGGCAGCAGCAGCCGCACAACAGCAACACCGCCGCUGCGCUUCAGCGUGUGGAACAUCCCCUGGGCCCUGCUGCUGGCCGUGCUGCUCGCCGUCACCGUCGCCACGGCCGAGCUAACCACGCACCGCCAGGGCCCCUUCAACAACGUGCCCCUCGACUUUGCGCGCCCGCCCCUGCACGAGACGGCCGAGAUCCUGGCAUUUCUCGUCGGCCUGUACGCGCUCGUGCUGACACUGCUGAGCGUGCUCGGCGCUGCGGUCGCUGCGUUCCAAAGUAGGCGUCGCAGUAGGCAUGUUGCGAGCCACAGAAAGCACGCACGCGUUUAGGAGAAGGCCGAGGUGCGGGCUUAGAGUGAAGGAAACGGUUUGUGUGUGUGUGUGUGUGUGUGUGUGUGUGUGUGUGU